CCGGUUGGUGGCGUUGGUGCACAACUUUAUUAUUCGCCAACCGCGGAAUGGACCUGAAAGACUGAAGAAAGGUCUUUUAAAUGAAACGCCUCUCCUCCAGGUGCGCUGCGCAUGCGCCAAACCUGCAAAACAAUGGCCGAGUUUGACGAGGACUCUGUGAAAGUGCCAUUUGGGACCAAGCAUCUGGAUGCUGCCAUGUGUUUCCCCGCGUCGGAUACAGAUGUUCACACGGCCGUCAUUCUCACACACGGGGCGGGUGGAGACAUGCACUUUAAACAUCUGGUUUCUCUGGCACAUGCCUUGGCAUCGAGUGGCUUCCUCUGUUUCCGUUUCACGUGUAAAGGUUUAAACUUGGGUUAUAAAGUGAAGGCUUACCGUGCUGUGUGGAACUUCUUGAAAUCUCUGCAGAGGUUUACCAUAAAGCAGAUAUUUGUUGGAGGGAGGUCAAUGGGAUGUCGUGCUGCUGCAGCUUUAUCCCGGCAGCUGAGUGAGGAAUCUGAGGAUGCGUUGCGGGGUGUCAUCUGCCUCUCUUUCCCCCUGCAUCCCCCGGCACUGACGCGUGCUCAUCUGCAAAGAAGUGAGGAUCUCAGGGGGCUACCGGACCACCUGCCCGUGCUGUGUGUGUCAGGCACCGAGGACAUCAUGUGCCACCGGGUGAGGACGCUUGUGGAAGGCUUUAUACAGCUGUCCUUUUUGAAGACAUUGUAAAGGAAAUGAAAGCGAAAGUUGAUGUUUUCUGGCUGAAAGGAGGAAAUCAUGGACUGAGAGUCAAGGGAAGGUCGGAGGACUCUGUGCUGGAUGAAGUCAAUUUACAAGUCAUCACCUGGCUCACUAAGCAGCUUGCAUAGAGGCAUUUAGUUACUUCUAAUUCCUAUUUUGUAACGUACUGUCAAACAUUUAAAUAAAGGAUUUUAUUUUUCACACAGUG